CCACAUUUAUAAGUAUUGUUCCCAUUAUACCCUUUAUUCAUUAUUUAGGUUAAUAAAAUUGCAAAGCCACACACACUGUCUCCCGCUCUAUCAAGGUACCUUCUUUUACGAUCUUCGCUGACCAGUCCACCAUUCCUUCACAUACUCCGUUCGCUACGCCCUCAUUGACCUCGACUCUGCCUCCUCCGCUAAUUCACUCACUCCCCAACCACCUCUAUACUGACGAAUUGCUUGCACUAAUGACCCUGUGUAACACUUUCGACAAUACCUGAAAGUGUUGGAUGUGAACAACUGCAUUGCCAAGAGUAUUGGAGACAACUUGUCAAGGAAAUGAUAGAGGAAGCCAAUUCUCUAAGGUGGUCACCAAGUUGAAGUGCAGGGUAUGGCGAGAAAAUAUAACAGGAAGUACAAAAAAAGAAAAUCAUCAACACCUUAUCAAAAGGGACUGACUUUUUCCAAGGUUAUGCCAAAGGGUGCUGCUAAAAAUACAACAUUUAGUACCAAUGAAGAAGGUGUUUUUUAUAAGGAAAUUACUGAGAAUAUAAAGGAAGUCGCUGAUAAUAGAAAAGAGCUUUCUGAGAAUAGAAAGGAGCUUUCUGAGAAUAGGAAGGAGCUUUCUGAGAACAAGAUAGAGUAUUCUGAGCGUAGGAAAGAAAUUUCUAUUCUUGGAAAAAAAUUAGAUGAGAUUCGUGAAAAUAUUAAUGAUCUCGUUGGAAUGAAAGAUGAUGCCAAACGUGUCGAAGAUCUUCUCCGAGCAUUGUGUAAUCAACGAGAGAAGGACAUAGAAAGAACUAAAGUGGAAGAUCUUCUCCGAGCAUUGUGUUGUGAGGAAGCUAUUUCAUGCUAUCUUGCUUCAUAAGAAUUUCUAAAGGACCAUAAUUAUACCAAUUAGGCUCUGUAAAGAAACUCCCAAUAUGACCAUAAUUAGAUAAACAACAUGCCUUAAAAUAACAAAUAAUAAGUUAUUCAAAAUUUUAAACAACAUGCCUUAAAAUAAGGUAAACAAUAUUUCAUUAGAUAAACAACAUGUGUUAAUUUAGGUAAACAAAAUGCUUCAAAAUAAGGUAAACAACGUGUCUUAAAAUAAGGUAAACAGCGUGCCUUAAAAUAAGGUAAACAACAACGUGCCUAAAGUACGGUAAACAACAUGCCUUAUUUAGACACGCUGUUUACCUAAAUUAAGGCAUGUUGUUUACCUUUUUUAUUAUUUGAAUAUUGCACAAUAAUAAGGUAAACAACGUGCUUUAAAAUAAGGUAAACAACGUGUCUUAAAAUAAGGUAAACAACGUGCCUUAAAAUAAGGUAAAAACCGUGCCUUAAAAUAAGGUAAACAACAUGUGUUAAUUUAGGUAAACAACAAAAAUAUUAAAAUUUCUUCUAUUUACCUAUAUUAAAUAGUUUUUUCAAAAUCUUAAUUUUAAAUGGCUUAACGUUUAUGAAAAAAUCAAUAAAUACAUAAAGAUUAAAAUAAAUAUAUGUAUAUGAGUUGUUAGUAAAA